UGUCCACAGGUCCGGACCAGUGGAUCCUCGGUGGGACAGUAACUGGUGUGCAGAGCUCAGCUGCCCCAGGACUCGGAACAUGGACACUCUGCAAACUGCACGGCUCCAGUCGAGGCGGGGCGAAGUGUGUCGACAGAGAAGUUUCCCUCAGAGCCACUGGGAGCCUCUGAGUCUCUACCACAUUCUCGCCAACAUGCCUCGAGCAUGACAGCAAACUGGUUCCGCUGGUGACGACGGGGGAAAAGGCGGCUCAACACCACCGACACUUUCGACAAGUCCCCCGAUGGACUCGAGGAGCGACGCAACCGCGAAGGAAAAGUAAAACAUGGAGGAAGAGAACAGAUGAGAUGACGAGUCUGAAGUUUCAGGGAGGAGAAGAUUGACGGAUCCACGUUAUCACUGAGUCUACAGUAUGGCACGACGCUCUCAGUGUUCCUCUUCAGGGGAUAACCCCCUGGACCCCAACUACCUCCCUCCUCACUAUCGGGAAGAGUACCGCCUAGCUGUCGACGCACUGGUUGAGGAGGAUUUGGAAGGUUACUAUAAGUUCCUCCAGUUUGCCGAUGUGGUGGACUUCCUGUCCACACCUGAGAUUCAGUACAUCCAGGACUCUGUUCAGGUCCCUCAUCAGAGCCACUACCCUGAACAACACUUUCUGGAGACUGGGGAAGAUGGCUCCUCAGACACUUACUGGCCGAUCCACUCGGACCUGGACGUCCCGGGUCUGGACCUCGGCUGGCCUCAGUUGCAUCACUUCGUCGGGCCCACAGAGAUCACCACACUGGUCAGCCCCCCUGAGCCUGACAUGCCGAGCAUCAAGGAGCAGGCCCGGCGACUCAUCAAGAACGCUCAGCAGGUCAUUGCCGUGGUGAUGGACAUAUUUACGGAUGUUGACAUAUUUGCGGAUAUUCUCAACGCUGCCAUGAGGAAUGUUGCCGUCUACAUCAUUUUAGAUGAGCAGAACACACACCACUUCGUCAACAUGGUGACCAACUGCAGGGUCGAUCUGCACAGCCUUCAAUUUCUACGUGUGAGAACAGUGUCCGGCGUCACGUAUCAAUGUCGCUCAGGGAAAACCGUCAAAGGUCAGAUGAUGAAUCGCUUCCUGUUGACAGACUGCAGGGCUGUGCUGAGUGGAAACUACAGCUUCAUGUGGUCUUUUGAGAAGCUCCACCGCUCUAUGGCGCACCUUUUCCUAGGAAAGCUGGUAUCGACCUUUGAUGAAGAGUUUCGGAUUCUGUUUGCUCAGUCUCAGCCGCUGAUGCUUGAAAAAAUGCAUGCUCCAAUGGAAGAUUUUGGCUCACAAAAGAGGCAACACCUAAGUGAAAGAACUGCACUGUACAGAGAGCCCAGGAAAUUUCUACCGCUGGACUCCGGUCAUCCAGAGGAACGGACAAGACAUUCCUUUGAGGAUCGGAUGGACCAGGACUGGAGAUUGAUGCCGCUCAAAAGACAGGAAGCCCCGCAGGGCCCUUCCGAUAUGUACGGUAGAUAUUCUCCCCAGCAACCUCGCAUGGAUCAGCCUUAUGAUCAGGGCCCCUCCAGGAUAACCAUGCUCGACAAUCCUGCUUUCAAACGUCACAGUUACGCUGAAGGGGUUCAGGGUCGUUUCUCUAACACGUUCCUGCAGCAACAGGGAGUGCAGGAGCCUGAGAACCAGGGAAGGCCGUUUCAAAGGGGGCAGCAACACUACCCAGCGCCUAUACCAGGACCAGAGGCAGACUACAGUAGCUAUGACAAGUUCUGGAAUCAAGACUUUAAUUCAACAGAUCCAAACUCUGAAUCGGUUAAUUCACAAGAGAUACAACCACCUGAUGGCUUUGACCCAGUGCUUAACUAUUUAGCCUCCACCAGAAAUUUGGACUCUGACCAGAGCUCGGAUAAAUUACUACCUUCAGCAGAUUUACCAAUUAGUUCACCUCACCAUAGAAGACAGAGUUUAGGUCAGCCAUAUGCUUAUCAAACGUCUCCCACUCCCUCAAACCCAAAGGAUCGGAAGCAGUUUUCCCAGGAGCCUCACACUGACCACAAGGACCCCUCGGUGAAACGAGGCCUGAGAAGCUGGAGGAUUAGCUCAUACCUCAGUGCAUGUGAUAAUCCGGGAGAUGAGGGCCUGCCUAUGGCACCACCUCAGGGACCAGACCCAUUUGAAGAGACGUCAAACCCCAUGCAGCAAACAUCUACAGGUGUAGAUUUAACAUUUCCUAAAAUCCCUAACGUCAGAGAGUUUAAGGUACCUACAAUACCCAGGGCAAGUCAGAUGCCAAGUUAUGUCAAAACCACUGUGCGAGAGAAGCCCAAAAAUGUGCCCGAUGAACCUCCUGCAGUGGCAGCAGAAACCAAAACCACACCAACAUCUUCAGAGUCAUCGUCAACAGCAGAAGUGGAAAAGGCAGAGGAAGUGGAACUGAAAGAGCCCAAACCCACCCCUCUACUAAGGGAGGAGUCGUUCCGGAGAAAGUACAACGCUGCGACACCCAGGAGCUCCAGGUUACGAUCCUCUCUGAUAUUCAGCUCACUUGAUCAGCAACACGUUCUUCAAGAUACCAAAUCCGCUCAGGGGCAACAGGAUGAGGAAAGUGACAAAAACGAAGCAGAGCAGACAAAACUGCCUUUUGUUUCACAGGUUUUGGGGAAAAGGCGAUCUGCUGCAAGAGAACCUUUUGAAUGGACCCGUUACUUAAAGUCAAACACUAUUGAUAACCCAGACACAGAAACGUCCAAGACAGAGGAUGGAAACAGUAAAGCGGAUGAUAAAGAUCCAUCAAAGGUAGAAAAUUCAAAGGAUCUUUCAGAAAACAGCGCAGUGCUGGAGCCUCCUGAAGCUGAGCUGCCCAAACCUGAUCUGCCAGCACAAUCACCCAAAUCUGUGCUCAGCACUUCCUCAUAUAUAGAUAUGAACGAUCCUGAUGCAAGGUUCAUCUUUUUCAAAGAGCUGGCAGCAAAGCGCAAAGCAGAAAAGGCUGCAGAGGCUGAAAAGAGCAAAGAAAAAGCUCUAAUCAAUCCGACUGAUCUCAAAAACAAGACUACUGUUAAAAAGGAGGAACCUGGUCCAAAGGUUGCCCCAGAAAAGAUGACUAAUGUGUCUGAAAAAAAUGUUACUGCAGAUGAUGCAGGGAAAACAGUAUCCGCACAAGAGUGUGAGUCAUCAGUCAGUCUGUCGUUAGAGGCCAGUGAUGGGACUAAGAAGCGGGAUAGUCUUGUUGAAAAUGAUUCCAGCACUUUCCAAGGCUGUAAAGAGGAACAAAAGGGAGUUUCUACUGAUUCAAAGAAGAAAGAGCCACAAAUCAGCAUACCAGCAUCAUCUUCAUUGGAUUCUGCAGAGACUGAAUCUUCUCUUGAAGACUCAAAGCUGUCAAAACCUGCUUUAACAGAUAGUAGCCUAAGUAAUCAACCUACAUCAACAAAUGCUACACCUGCUGAUGUUUCCUCUACUUUUACCUCAAAAGAGUCCAGUUCUCUCACUCCCAGUUCAGUGGAGGUAUCAGCUGCAUUGGAUUCUAAAACCAAGAUACCUGAAACAGUACAGGUUUCACCUGAAUCAGUACAGGUUUCACCUGCACCACUAUCCAAACAACCAACUGGAUCAGAAAUUAGUUCUUCUCACCCUUCAGUUCGAAGCUCUUCCUCUGAUCCCAUCCUGUCAGAUUCUGGUGCACAGAUCCGUCCAAGUCCUCCAACCUCUAUCUCUGCUCCUCUUUCCACUUCAGAAGAGUCUCUAUAUUCUGAUGCUACCCAAGAAGACUCAAGCUCAACCCCCAAAUCCAGCACAUUGUCUCCAAGUUCGGAUAAAUUGGAAGAACUGGAAUCUGUCAGCUCUUCACAAACAGUUAAAGAAACCACUGCAGAAUUAACACCCUCUGAGUCUGUAGAGUCUGUUUCCCUGUUGACGUCCUCUGAGACCCCUUCAGCAGUGCAUUCUGCAAAUUUAGAAUCGGAAAUUUCUCCUGACACAUGUACCGCUGGUGUAGAACCAGCCACAUCCUCAUUAACGUCCACCCCAGAGACAAACUCUAUGGACUCUUGUGCUCCCACAUCUCCCGAAAGAGAUUUAGGUAAAUCAGAAUCAGCUGCAGAGAAGACUGAGGUUCUUGCAUCACCAGAGGACGUCAAAUCUGAUAUCGCAUCUCCAAGUCCUAGCCCUUUAUCACCCAAGUCAGCUCUACCUAAUGUAUCUGAUCUGAAAAGCUCCACUUCCAGCCCUGAUCAAAUUAAGACUAUUACUCUCAACCUCCUGCCUGAUACCCCAUCAGAAACAUGCUCUCCUGUCAAACCAGGCAUCACUGCUGAUGCUUCCCAGUCCACAUCAAAAGCAUCUCCACAAGAUGCACUGACACAAGCAACCCCCCCAUCUGAACUUAACCUGACAGGAUCUGUCACUCCUACUCCUGUUGAAACAGCAUCACCUUCGUCUCCUCUGAGUGAGUCAGUUGGGGAAGUUUUGUCCCCUGAGGCUAAAAAACAAGAAACCGACAUUUCCUCAUGCAGCCCCACAGACACACCCUUUCUUCCCGAGCAGGUUGCGACAGACUUGAAUGAUUCUGCAGAAACUUCUAGCCCUACUGAGCCUACCUCGGAAAUUUUAACAGAGCCAGAGCCAACAACUGAACCUGUGACUCCAGAUAGCCAACCUUCAGAGCCGCCUGAACCUGCCGCAGAGAGUAAAUUAGACCAACAGAGGGAAAUAAGCAAAGACUCCGGGUCUUUGCCCGACCCUGGUGAGAAACAACCUGAGAAUGUCGAGGCCAAAAACAAAAUCAAUAAAGGCAUAACGCAGGAGUCUGUCAGAAGUGAAAAGAAAAAUGAACAAUUGAGCCAAAACAUCUGCCCGGAGAACACAUCAACCGAAGCCGUUCCUCCGUCACCGCAGUCCAAGCAGCCGAAAACCAGUCAGUCUCGCUACCAGUCAUCAACAGCCAACGUGCUCGCAAGCAGCAACCUCCGAGACGACACAAAGCUGCUCCUGGAGCAGAUUUCUGCCAACAGUCAGAGCAGGAACGAGGCCACAAAAGAGGCUCCUGUCACCGACGACGAGAAAGAAGAUGAAGCUGACAAAAAUGCCAAGCGGGAGAAAGAGAGAGGGUCGCUGAGCAGACCACAGCCCAAGUCGACACAGGAGAAGGAGAAGCUGCUGGAGAAGAUCCAGAGCAUGAGGAAGGAGAGGAAAGUUUACAGUCGAUUUGAGAUGGCCCCUUAACCGGUAUCCAAGGAUUGCUGAAGAGAAUAAAAUAAAAAGAAGGUGAACUCAUGUCAAAAAGAGACAUUUUCUCAUCAAAAACACAAACUUUCUAACGAUGAAAAUGAUACUAAAGAAAACAAUCCUGCUGCCACAUGACAUGUACCAAAGGACAACUUACUGUGGGGAAGCACCAAGUUGCUAACAGUGUGAAAAAUACAUGGACUGAGAAUAUGUGUGUGAUCAAAUAUAUUUUACUGACUGCAUGGGUAAAGUGCAAUGCCUGUCCUUGCCUUUUUUCUUUUUUUUUUUACAGCACUGACGAAAGUGUCAGCUGUUUUUUUUGGAGUAAAUGUGAUGUUUAGGUAAAUUGGUGAUUUUAAGUUGGUCAAACUGUAACAUACUGUUGUGAAUGAUAGUAUUUCUCUAUCGUUUUAAACAAAGGAUGGUGAUUUUGACAAGUAGUUGUGUAAAAGGUGGGUCUGUAAACCCAUAUCCAUGAUUGGCGAUUAUUGUUCUGAUGUAAAUAAACUAACUUAAAUUCUUUGUCAUCUGAUUCGACCCUUGAAGCAGAAUACAAGCUUAAACGUGAUUUACAUGCAUUGUCACAUUGUACAAUAUGUUUUCUACAGAAUAUGAACUUAAAAGAGGUUUAAUGUCGGUCUUAAAACCUGCUUGUUCAGCCAAAUCACCCAAAGUAUUUGUUACUUAGGAAAGUUAAUACAUUUUUAUUUAGAUGAUUUGUGAAACAAACGUGAAACUGUGUUAUAUGUACGUUUUUAUUAGGUUAUGUAUUGUAUUGUGCUGCAACCAACUCUUUUCUUGACCCAGUGAUUUUAUUUUUUUUAAACGAAAAGCUGUCACAACUGAAAUUCUGAAAUCUGCUCAGAAUUUGAACGGUAUGUGGAGUACAACAGUUACACAUUUAUGAGUGAGUAUGAAUGAUUUAUGACGCCUGAUUCAUGAUGCCUGUCCUCAGCAACAUUUGUCAUUUGUAAAUAAUGUUUUUUUCUGGCUCCUUUAUGCCUGAUGUUACAAAAGUAAAGUUCUUUAUUCAUUUAAAUCAGUAAAGUAUCAUAAUGAA